CAUGGGCAGGCAUCAGGCUCUUUGCAGGGGAGCCACGCGUAAGGACGAAGAGGACGAAUACUCUGGCCUUGAAGCUUCCAGUUGGUGGAAGAGGGAAGACAGGAGGGUGGCAGCGUCCCCGAGGAAUCCUUGUUUCACACGGGCUGGCCCCCAGCCAGGCACUGGAACAGCCCCACCGACGAGGGACCUGAUGAAGCGGACGGGACUCGGGGCCUCUGCAUGACUCCGGCGGGCGCCUGAGCGAGCCCGGCAGCCGGCCACCGGGGCCAUGGCCAGCACGGCCGUGCAGCUGCUGGGCUUCCUGCUCAGCUUCCUGGGCCUGGUGGGCACGCUGAUCACCACCGUCCUGCCGCACUGGCGCCGCACGGCGCACGUGGGCACCAACAUCCUGACGGCCGUGUCCUACCUGAAGGGGCUGUGGAUGGAGUGCGUGUGGCACAGCACGGGCAUCUACCAGUGCCAGGUCUACCGCUCGCUGCUGGCGCUGCCCCGGGACCUGCAGGCGGCCCGCGCGCUCAUGGUCAUCUCGUGCCUGCUGUCGGGCGUGGCCUGCGCCUGCGCCGUGGUGGGCAUGAAGUGCACGCGCUGCGCCAAGGGCACGCCCGCCAAGACCACGUUCGCCGUGCUGGGCGGCGCGCUCUUCCUCCUGGCCGGCCUGCUGUGCAUGGUGGCCGUCUCCUGGACCACCAACGACGUGGUGCAGAACUUCUACAACCCGCUGCUACCCAGCAGCAUGAAGUUCGAGAUCGGGCAGGCCCUGUACCUCGGCUUCAUCUCCUCGUCCCUGUCGCUCAUCGGCGGCACGCUGCUCUGCCUCUCCUGCCAGGACGAGGGGCCCGCCAGGCCCUACCAGGCCCAGCCCAGGGCCACCACAGCUACCACCGCACCCGCCUACCGGCCCCCCGCCGCCUUCAAGGACAACCGGGCCCCCUCGGCCACCUCGGCCUCGCUCAGCGGGUACAGACUGAACGACUAUGUGUGAGUGCCCAGGACCUGUCCCUCCCCCGAGCGCACAGACGCAGCAGGACCCAGACUCGCCCCGAUGCCGGCUCCCGGCGCAAAGUUGACUCCUGGGCUACUUAUUUGUGUCCAGAGGAAUAAUAUGAACACAAGGGAGUGGGCUUAGAACACAGGGAAGGAGGGAGAAAUAAGAGAAGGGGAGAAAAGCUCUACAUACCAAAGACUUCAUCCUUUCUGGGUUUUUAUUUAUUAUAUGUAUUUAUGUGGGUGAUUUAAUAA